UCUUAACUUGACAGCUCAUUAAAUUUCAAAUAAAUUUUCUAGACAAUUUUAUUGUGUUCUGCUUGGCACGGAAUAACGCACAACUCAACAAAAAAAAAAAACAGACAGUAUUUGAAUUUUUGUGCAUAUCUUUAAAAUUUCCAGCUCUUCACAGAUAUACGAACAAAAAAAAUAUUCAAAAUGAAGGAGAAAAAAACGUGUUCCGAUGACCAGCAAAAUUUCGUUGCAACUCGCAUGAGUUUACCUCUAUUUAUGUUGUCGCGUAAUCGUAUACGCGAGGAUCAUUUGGAUAGCGUUCAAAAGCAGUUCAAGUUGGCCGGAACACAUUAUAAUCUCCGCUGUCAAAAAGAAAACCGUGGAGAGGAAUUCAGCGCAGGAACUUAUGAGCAUUAUAAGCAUGUCACGGGCUUUGAGAAGUUACCGGAUUAUCCGUAUCCGGAGAAACGUCCAUUAAAAUGCGACCGAUCGCUGUCUACUUGGCGUAGCUACCAACAGGCUCCAAAUCGUUAUGGUGUGCUUCCAGUACCGUACAAGAAUCGAAUGGGAUCCAAGGGCUCAGUAUUUUCGAAAAUGCACACCAACAAGAGUCGCGUAUCAAUAAAAUCACCUCCAUCACAAUUCUAUGAGGUGCCAUCGGAUAUCGAGCGACUUUUCAAGCCGGAAAACCAGCAGAAAGGCAUCUUUCUAUCAAAUGCUCGUGAUCAUCGUCCCAGUUCGCGCUUAAUGGUAUCGGAUUUGUCCACCUGUUGGCACAAUCCAAAAGAUCCUGGUCCAACCGAUACUUAUACCAAUAUUUACGAGAUCAAUGCCAGAAUGACGCCGGUUGUGAAGACAAUACCUGAUAAUCCGCACUUGUUUUUGCCGCUAUCGUGUGUGCCCACAAAGCGAAAUGAGAUGGUACGACGUAAUGCUAGCUUCGAACCGGGUCCUGGACGCUAUGACAUACGAUAUCCGAAUGUCUGUCCCUGCGAGAAGGGCAAGAGGACAAUGCCGAUGCUGACGGUGAUGAUUGAGAAACAAAAGCGCUUCAAGUUCCGACGUUUGCCCUAUAUUCGGAUCAAUUCCCGAAAAUAUUGUGAGCCAGACUGGCAACAUGUCAUUGGCCAUGGACACAGGCAUAUAUUUCAGAUGGGCAAACAUGAUUUGCCAAUGCCGCAAAUCAAAAAGCAAGUCGUCAAAGGCAAAAAGGCCGAGAAGCAGCUAAAAAUGUUUGCCGAUGGCAAAUACCUCAAUAUGUUGGUCAAUCCAAAACAUUUUACCAUCUCAUUUCGAGACUUUCCAGUGCCGCCGUAUGUGCCACGUAUUGUCUACAAUUGUGUGGCGAAGCGAGUUGCCCGCAAGCAAUUGCGAAACAAUAAGAAAAUUGCCUUUUUGAGUGGUCAGGAGCGCUGGAAGGAUGGAACACGUCCACUUCAGUUGACCCAACGUCAGCUGGAGGCUAUUAAGGAGCGACUGCCCAUGGAACGACGUCUCUGCGAUUAUCCAUUGGUACUCAGGGAGUCGAAAAUCAUCAGUCGACUUCAUCAUGUACCGGAACAUAUGAGAAAUACGUAUAUGCCGAAGCUGCGUAAGCGUCUUUUUAAAUUUCUGCCCAUACCGGGUGCUCGGGUGCUGGUCACUGAUAGUGAUAUACGGCCGGACUUGCACUUUGAUCGAGAGAAUCCGACGGGCAUGUAUAACCGUAAGCUGGACGAGACGCAGUUCUAUCGUGACACUGUGCUACUUGAAAUGCAACAGGGUUUGGACAAAAAAUCCGAAGUUCCAGACGAGAAAACCAAUUUGGAGGCGACGAUUAGUGCUACGGGCUCGGCAUUCUCGCGGCAAAGCAAUCCAUCCAUGAUGAGGCAAUCGGUCAGUAGAGCGUCACUCAAACGCAGCAUCAGCAAGGGCAACGUCAUGUUGCUCAAUCCCAGCGAGACCCGUGCCAGAGAACUGAAAUCUGAGGCAGCUGCUGAAAUGGCCGCUGUUGCAGCCGCUGAGGUUGCUGCCGAGGUAGCUGCUGAUUAAAUCACACUUCACAUGCUUUUCACCACAAUUACAAUUUUUUAGAUGCAACGAAAAGAAAAGAAAUGAAAUGAAAGAAUGAAGGAAUGAAAGAAUGAAAGAUCACACACGUGCCACGUUUACAUAGUUUAUGAUUUAUGCGCCAUGCUCCAGUAAAUUGUGAAGCCACCAAGCUGGGAGCGAGCAGCAGAAAGUAACUUUUGACCAUUAAAUAAAUAACUUUUCAGUCUCUGCUUCCGUACAUUUCAA